AUGGCUAACACUGUGGCCGCCGAGCCGGUGCCUGCCGAGGUCGAGCCGCAACCCCAGGGCGAGCCGGAACCCAGCUCCGAGCCCGAGUUGCGGCCGGAGCCACAACGCGGCGGCGGGGAGGAUGGCGAGGCCGAGCGGCUGCCGCCCCCCGGGGCGGAAGAGGCGGCAGCGGGAGGCGCGGAGGGGCCGGCGGCGGGUGGAGUGGCGCGUCCUGGCCUGGGCCCGCGGUACCGGGCGGCGGUGGGCCGAGCUGAGGAGUGGCCGGUGAAGAAGAAACACCGGCGGCGGCCGUCGAAGAAGAAGCGUCGCUGGAAGCCGUAUUCGAAGUUGAGCUGGGAGGAGAAGCAGCAGUUCGACGAGCGGCAGAGCCUCCGCGCUUCCCGGCUGCGCGCUGAGAUGUUCGCCAAGGGGCAGCCGGUGGCUCCCUACAACACGACGCAGUUCCUGAUGGAGGACCACGACCAGGAGGAACCCGAUCUGAAAACGGGGCUGUACCCGCGGCGUGCGGCCGCCAAGGCGGACGACACGAGCGAGGAGGAUUUCCUGGAGGAGGCGGCUGACGAGGACGGGGGAAGCGACGGGAUGGGGGGUGACGGCAGCGAGUUUCUGCAGAGGGACUUCUCGGAGACGUACGAGCGGUACCAUGUGGAGAGCCUGCAGAAUAUGAGCAAGCAGGAGCUGGUGAAAGAAUACCUGGAGCUGGAGAAAUGCCUUUCCCGUAUGGAAGAGGAGAACAACCGGCUAAGGAUGGAAAGCAAAAAACACGGGGGGGAGGCGGCGGAGGCGGCGCGGGUGCGGCAGCUGGAGCUGGAGGUGGACAGAUUGAGAACCGAAAACCUGCGGCUGCAACGGGAGCGGGACGCGCUCCGCGCUGAGAAGGGCCCCUGCAAGCCGGGGGAGUGACCGUGCCCGGCCCCGAGCGCCGGGCGGGGGGGAGGGGGUGUUGAUGUGUUGGUGGUUUCGGGUUUAUUAUUUUUUUCUUUUUGUGUGCGUGUGUGUCUAAACCAAAAAGUGGGGAAGAAAAAAAAAAAAACUCUCUCCAGGAAAGCUGUAAAUUGGCCCAAACUGACUAUAAAAAUAUAGGUCUAAUAAAUUUAAUUACUUGUAACUGUAA